GUGAACUGCUUUUAUCUCCGUCAGAUCACUACUGGGAAUAUCAUCCCCAUCACCUGCACGCUGAAUUUGAGAGCUUUGGAGACAAUCAUUUUGCAGAGCUCCAAAGUGUACAGCCACCACAGCUCCAGCAACUCUACCGGCACAUGGAGAUAGAACAGAUGCACGUUCUUGAUUCAGGGAUCCCUGUCACACAUCUGGGACUCAACCACAACCAUCAGGUUGCUUUUGUGCCUCGCAUGUGUGUGUAUCCCUCUCAUCAGCGCAGUUCUGAUGAAGAAGAUCUAGAGAGGCAAAGUCCACCCUUGGAAGUAUCAGAUGGAGAGACCGAGGUUGGGGAACCCAAUCCUGGUGUUAUGAAUGGAGAAUCAGGUAGUAAGAAGAAAAUCCGAUUGUACCAAUUUCUUCUCGACCUGCUUCGGAGCGGAGAUAUGAAGGAUAGCAUCUGGUGGGUGGAUAAGGAAAAAGGCACAUUCCAGUUCUCCUCUAAGCACAAAGAAGCCCUGGCUCACCGCUGGGGCAUUCAGAAAGGCAACCGCAAGAAAAUGACCUACCAGAAGAUGGCACGGGCAUUGCGAAAUUACGGGAAGACCGGAGAGGUCAAGAAAGUCAAGAAGAAGCUCACGUAUCAGUUUAGUGGUGAGGUGAUGGGAAGGAGCAGCAUUGAUAGAAAAAGCUAUCCUCUCUGAAUGAGAGUCCAGGACCCCCCAAAAGCCAAAUCACAGAGACAAAUAUGGGUUGGACUUAGCAACAGAGUUGCUAUAACAUCUUCUAUUAUGCUUCCCAGGCCCUCAUUUUUACCUUAUCGAGGCUUUCAACAACCAUCUUCUCUGGUACGAAUUCCUUUUUCAGCUUUGACAUUCCUACAGGUUAUUUUUGCAUCUAUACAACAAGCUGGACACAGUAGGGAUUUUUUUAAAAGAGAGAAAUAUAUAGGCAUGUUGUAUUGUCGAAGGCUUUCACGGCCG